AUGGAUCCUGUUGAUAAAAUGAAACUGGUAGAAUCUUUGUGUCAAGUGUUACAGUCUGCUGGGUUUUUCAGCAUUGACCGGGAAGAAGAUGUUGACUUCCUGGCCAGAUUUUCUAAAUUGGUCAAUGGAAUGGGACAGUCAUUGAUAGUUAGCUGGACUAAAUUAAUUAAAAAUGGGGAUAUCAAAAAUGCUCAGGAGGCACUGCAAGGUACUGAAACAAAGGUGGCGCUGAUGUUGCAGCUCCUAAUUCAUGAGGAUGAUGACAUCUCUUCUAACAUUAUUGGAUUUUGUUACGAUUAUCUUCAUAUUUUGAAACAGCUUACAGUGCUUUCAGAUCAACAAAAAGCUAAUGUAGAGGCAAUCAUGUUGGCCGUUAUGAAAAAAUUAACUUACGAUGAAGAAUAUAAAUGA